AUGUCGCAUGCCUAUCUGAUUAACAACUACUUCAACCCUAACUCGGUGUACACAGAAGAGGAUUUCAGACGUCGCUUCCGGAUGAGACGUCAUGUCUUCGAGCGUUUACUUCGUGAUGUCCAACAAGUCAAACCAUACUUUCGACAAAAGCUGGACAGAGCAAGCCGCCUUGGUUUCUCACUUCAUCAGAAGGUUACUGUUGCACUUCGAAUGAUGGUGACUCCCCAACUGAUUCUAUGGAUGAAACCCAUGGUUCACAAAGAAGAGUACCUCCGAGAGCCAAAUCAAGAAGAUCUGAAUCGGCUCCUUCGCAAAGCUGAAAACCAUGGGUUUCCAAGCAUGAUAGGGUCAUUAGACUGCAUGCAUUAG